UGCUCUUAAAUGCUGCAUCACAGCAGCAUCUGAAUUUCAGAGGGUUAAACCAUGAAAAGUCAAUUUUUUACAACUUUAAAUGGUAAAUUUUCAAAAAAUGCCUGCAGCAGUGGUGCGGGAAGAGGUUUUGAAGAGGACAGAGGCCAAAACAUGCACAUGUGUAUGCAGAAAUAGUGGGGUUUUGUGACACCUUGGGUUUGCCCCUCCUGUUGCUGUUGGAGGUGAAUAGAAUGUUAGGCUGUUGCCACGGUAUCCAGGGGGAGUUGAGUGCAUCUUCGUGUGGAGGGCAGACGCACGUCUGUCUCCUGCGGCAUUUUUCAUCCUUUUUUCGGAUACUACUCAACAUCCUCUGCUUUUACUUCAUCGGGAGCCUUAGAGGAGCCUCUGCUACAGGGACACAACUUAAACUCCUUGUGGGUUGUGUGUUCCUACUACAGACGCGUAGCUGAGCUUUUUUUCCCUCUCUCACUCUUACCCGGAGUGAGAAAGCUUGGAAACAUCAGAGAUUUUUCAGUCUUUUUCUGAGUGGUCGAGAGAAAACUCAUCUUGCUAUGGCCCGAAAACAUUAUAAAACAUCCAAACGUUCAACUAAGUGUAAACGGAAAAAACGACAUUCUAACAGUGUUCAGCCACCUCUGGAAGAAGAUCCUGACCAGACUCAAGCAAAAAGGAAAAAAUUAGUCUCAGAGCUUCCAGGGGAAGCUGGCACUUCUGCUGAGGUGAACUUGCCAGCCAAGGCAGCAGAUGAACACUGGAAAAUUUCAGACAACAAUGUAACUUCAACCACAGAGAUCGGAGAAGAGACACAGUCCACUUUUUAUGACGCUUCAACUGAAAUACCGACAACCCCUGUACUGGAAAAGCUGCAAAUUGAUCAAAUGCCUUGUGAAACCAGUGCUUUCUUUAAUAAGGCUUCACCAGCCCUUUCUCCUGUGACAAUUCCACAUGUGAGCACAAACAGGAAUGGCAAACGCUACACCAAAUCUACUCCAGAAGACACUUUAACACCAAGGCCACCCAUUAAGGAGCACCCUGUGCCAGGGCCUUCUACUUCAGGAGUAGGCAAAACGGGGAGGCCUCACUGCACCGUUGAGGAGGAUGUUCAGAGAGAAGAAAAAGAGAAAUACAAACAACUCUUGAAACUACUGAAGGACAAAUAUGCUAAAUACCGCCCUACUCCAAAGCCGACAAGCUGCAAUGUUCAGACUUACUCCAGAGAACCAGAGGUAGUUGCAGAUUACCUGGAAGAACAAAAUCGCUUAGGGGAUGCCUGUCAACAUGUAACACUAGAAACUGAUGGCAGCAGCUCGCGCCACUCUCCGGAAAGUGAUACAGCCAGGUACUAUACACCAGCAGAAAAGGAAGACGAGACAAGAGAAGAGAAACAAGCCAGUGCAGGGUUGCAUCCGGCACCUGUUUUCUCCAGCGGACCAUGUGCCCUUGAUGUGGAAGAAGAGAAAUUCCCGGGAUCUGAAGGAACAGUCGAACACUUUCCUCCGCUCACAGAGGACAUGGAAAGAGAGGUCAUGGCUGCGUUGGGCAAAGGUAGACGGGACGAGAUCAUGAGCAGUGCUUUCAAACUAAGGAUCACCCGUGAUGACAUCCAGACACUGAGCGAGAUUGAGUGGCUAAAUGAUGAGGUCAUUAAUUUCUAUAUGAAUCUUCUGAUGGAAAGAAGCAAAAAAGAAGGCUAUCCAGCAGUCUAUGCUUUUAGUACUUUCUUCUAUCCCAAACUUCUUUCUGAAGGCUACAGAGCAGUACGAAGAUGGACUAGAAACGUGAAUCUGUUCAAGCAGGACAUCAUUUUAGUCCCUAUUCACUUGAGAGCACAUUGGACAUUAGUGGUCGUAGAUGUCAGAAAGAAGACAAUCACAUACUUUGACUCAUUUUCAAAAAAAGGAGACAAGAUUUGUGAAAAUAUAUUCCAAUACCUGGAAGAAGAAAGCUGGGAGAAACAAAAUGUGAAGCUGUCUUCUUCUGAGUGGACUCAUCACAGCAUGGAGUCACAUGAAAUUCCUCAACAAUUGAAUGGAAGCGACUGCGGAGUUUUUAUGUGCAAAUACGCAGAUUAUGUCUCCAGAGACAAACCCAUUACCUUCACACAGGAUCACAUGCCUUACUUCCGCAAGAGAAUGGUGUGGGAAAUAAUUCACCAGCAGCUGCUGUGAGACAUGAACCGUCAGAGGAACACUGUGAUCACCUUGCAGUCACUAACUCAUAUUUUAUUAUUUUAUUAACUUCUGUAAUGCCUUAAUUGGAAAGGCAGCAAGCACUCAAAUGUUCUUCUUUUAGGCUAUAAAGUAGUGGUUAAUUUUUUUUCUCAAUUUUGGAGACAGUAACUCUCUUUGGAAUGAGCUAAUGCGCCUUGAGUGAAAGUCUGAAAGUUGGCUGUGACUUCGCCAGGGGAAUGGUUGAGAAGAAAUGGUGUGAACCUCUGUCACUGGGAUGGAGGGCUCGCGCUUCGCAGCACACGUGGCCACGCUUAUGGACAAAUGGGACUCUCAAGUCUGGUGGUAACAGUUGUGGUAGCCAAACUGAUCUCCCCAAGGACAAUGUGCUUAGCUGCUGUUUCUUCAAGGAGAGUUUUCUUCUGUUUCUGGAAUAUCUAUGAUCUACUUGAUUCCUAAAACUGGAUUUGCGAUGACCAUAGAAAGGGGAAAAAAAGAGUAUUUACAAUCUUUUGAUUUGUAACAAAUCCGUAGUGAAGCCCCUGUAGUUGGGGUGGUUUCGUUUUUGUUUUGUCUGCAGGGAUUUAUCUAAUGUGAAAAGAGAAGUAUUUAUUUUGUUUGUUUAUUAAAGUAAAUAUGUAAUUUAUAUAAAGAGCCUUACUGGAAAGAA